GGCGAUUUCCUUCGCAGCGCGUUAGUUGAGUGUGAAGAAGCAAGCAUUGCGCAUCGUCGCCGUUCCAAGUGAAAGUAGAAUCUCUGAAGCAGAAUGACUGGACGCGGUAAGGGAGGCAAAGGUCUUGGAAAGGGGGGAGCCAAGCGUCAUCGUAAGGUGCUGCGUGAUAACAUCCAGGGUAUUACCAAGCCCGCCAUCCGUCGUCUGGCUCGCCGUGGUGGAGUGAAGCGUAUCUCCGGGCUGAUCUACGAGGAAACGCGCGGUGUGCUGAAGGUGUUCCUGGAGAACGUGAUCCGCGAUGCCGUCACCUACACCGAGCACGCCAAGCGUAAGACCGUAACGGCGAUGGAUGUGGUGUACGCUCUGAAGCGCCAGGGCCGUACGCUGUACGGUUUCGGAGGCUAAGCAUUUUCGCUCGUCCACGGGACGCGUUUAUCCCCACGCGUAUUGGAAAACAUCAUGGAUCAUUUCGUCUGCUACAAAAACGGCCCUUUUCAGGGCCACUGAUUUACUUCAGUAAAGAUACAUUUCGUCCCUUAUACCCUCCACAUCAA